UCGUUGUCGCGACGCGUCGCCGCAGUCUGCAUCCGCAUCGCCCGCGUCUAUGCUCUUGCCAUAUCAAAUUAAUCAACGUGCUACAUUGUUGCAGCAAUCUGCAACAGCAAAAGCAACAUCAACAUCAACUACAUUGCCACAUGUGCCCGGGGCACCACCACCAACAACAACAACAGCAUCUCUGCGUACCGUGCCUCGUAUUUUUAAACGCAAACGUGAUACGGUCCUAACAGCGACCACUGCAUCACCUUUGACCCUGCAGCAAUAUCCAACAGUCGCAGCAUCAACAUCAUCCACAACAACAACAACAACAAUAACAACCACGCGGAGAUCGCGACUCGAGUUCAUACUUUACACGGAAGUUUAUGAAGUUGAGGAGGAUUCGAUUUCCCCAGGCGAAACCCAUUCAAAGUCGAACGUGGGCAGCAGCGCAUCCUUCUGGCAGAAAUACGGUCGCUUGUUGCUAAUCGCCAUUAGUUUAUCCGUGUGCCUGGCCUGUGGCAGUGUGUUGGUGGCCGCGAUUGCCCUGCGCCGCUCUGCCAACGCAACAGCAACAUUAGCAGCAACUUUAGCGGCAGCAGCAACAAGAACAACAUCAUCAUCAUCAUCGACAGGAAGAGCAACAUUAGAGGCAGCAACAACGCGAAGGAUAAGACACAAACGUCGCUCGUCGCAACGACGGCGCAGCAACAACAACGCGGUGCUGUCAUCUGGGAUUGGAAUUGGCAACGGGAUCGGGCUUGGUCUGGAAACCAAUACGGCUCUGGCCCUGCCGCUAGCAACAACAUCAACAUCGGGCUCCACAGUAGCGGAUCAGACAGCUAUAGCAGCCGCCGCCGCCGCCGCCUCUGCAGCAGCAGCAACAACAGCAGCAACAGUAGUAUCGACAACAGCAGCAGCAGCAGCAACAGAAACAACAACACUUUUGCCAACCGAGCCGGAACAUUCUGUACCCGUAAGUACUUACCCUUCGCAAAAACAAAAUACAAAACAUAGAAAACAAAAAGGAAAACAAGAAAAUACGGGAAAGAAAAAGAAAAGAAAAAGUUUUGCAACAGCCGAUGGGCGGGAAAGUGGGUGGAUAUGUCUGUCUCGGAAAUGCACUUGUCGAAAUUAUGGGGGAAGUCUAGAAAGGUUUAAGAUUUUACUACAUUAGAGAUUUGCAAACUUUCCUCAAGCUUACCAAAAAGUAUGCAACAAAAUUUGUAUAACGAAUUUUAGGACUUUCAGGGUUAACUUAUAAGAGAUUUCAGCUUUUAGACGAUUAAUUAUAGUUCUUAAAAUUAAUUCAAAUAUAUUCUCAGUAAAGUAAACUGUAAAAAUGUAUUUUCCAUUGAGUAAUCCCCUCUUCUUCGUGUUCUAUACUUCAAAAGUCCGUUGACAAUCUUACAAUUGUGUAACUUUUAUUAGCAAGCGAAUAAUUUAGCGAUAAGACCGCAAUUAAAGGCGGAAAUAUUUUCAUUGCUAUUACGUGCUGGCGCUUUUUAUGUUGCACAUGCUUACUAAUAACCUUUUUGACCCAAUUUAAAUAAAUAAUCGAAUUUUUUCCCAGUAUAGCCAUAAAAGCAAGGAGACACGUGUUGAAAGUUUUCUUUUUUCCUUUUUUUUCCUGCACUGCCUCUUGGCAUUUUCCUUCGCUCUUGCCAAUAUCUUAUGCAUUCCCUUUUGGGCGAAACAGAGAGACAGUGGCAGACGCAAAGGGCUGAGGAAAAGUGGGUGGCAAACAGAGAAAGAGAGAGCUCUCCGCUCACUCUGCCAAUGCAGUAAAAGUCCUUGAAAAGGGGGGAGUAAACGGUCGGGAGUAGCGGGUGGCAGACAUGCCUAAAUUGCUUUCGUCGCCGCCCACGCAAAAAAGUCUUAUGUAACUGCGCCUACACCGAUUUAUUCCCUUUAUGGCUACAUCCACUACUCCAAUUCCAGUUGGCAAAUUUUUUCGUGUGUAUUCCGGAGUGUUAUGCAAUGUUUGUUGAAUGCACAGCACGUCCUUUUCUCUCUCAUUUUUGUUUUUGGUUUUUGGUAAGAGAGCUCCAUUUUGUGUCUGGCACUUGUGUACGUCUUUAUUAUAAUGGACAAGACAAAUUCAAUUUCUCCAUCAGCGCUUUACUUUGUCUAUUUGCCCGACUUUAAAUGCUUUCCAUUUGUCUAUAUAUUUUAUUCAUCUGCGCAUUUGCUUAUUGAAUAUUGCGCUAGACGCCGGCUUUAACCUUGAGGCCAUGCGAUUUACUCCAACGACACAAAAAGGAACUCUUCAAAAAAAAAAAAUAAAUAAAAAAUAUAGUACGCCCACACACGUGUGGAUUUUGUGGAUUCUCGUUUGUGGGCUCAUUGGCCAAAGUUGUUAAGGCGGCUUUUCAGAUUGUGGUUUUAAGAUUUCCCAUUACGAUGGGAGCCGAGCCGGUGGGGGUGUGCCGAUGUGCCGUGUGACGCCCAUUACAAAAGAUUAAAGUCGGCAACUUUGACAAAUUGUUACUCGCUUUGCUGACAUCUUCCAGUGCGCAUUUGCUCAUUUUUCUUCCACAUCUAGAAUCUUGUUUCAUAUUUUUUCCUCUCUUGUUUAAUUUGCCCACGCCAAAUCAACAUUAUGAAUGAAACACAUCAGGUACGGUGGGGACUUAAUAAAGAGGAAUGUGAUACAAGAGAAUUUAUUCAAAAAUCUAUCAAAUUAAAUAUAUAUAUUUUUUGUUUUUGACUAGUUUAGAAAAUACUAUUUUCUUCAUAAAGAUAAAAUCACUUUAAGAAAUAAAAUUUUUACAACUUCGCUAAAGUUUUGUAGAAAUUUUUAUACAUUUCCUCUUGCGCAUAAAAGUAUGCUUUAUAUGAUAUAUUUUAAUGAAGUUCUUGAAGAAGACUAAAGAUGAAUGACCCACAAAACCCUUUCUUUUUUUAGAAUUCGUUAAUUACGUUAUUUAAGCAGUUAGAGAAUUCUGUUACAGCCCUGUUCUUUAGUUGAAAGUCAUAUGAUUAACAUCUAAAUUUAGAAAGCGAUUAUAAAGAAAUUAUGAUAAGAGCGAAAGGUUUAAAGGUUUAAAGAAGGGUGAAGAUGAAUGACCAACAAAACCUUUUCUUUUUGUAGAAUUCGUUAAUUAAGUUGUUUAAGCAGUUAGAGAUUUCUGUUACAGCCCUGUUCUAUAGAUGAAAGUCAUAUGAUUAAAAUCUAAAUUUAGAAAGCGAUUGUAAAGAGAUUAUGAUAAGACCGAAAGGUUUUAUGAGAAUUAUCGUAUAGUAAAAACCGAAAUAGAAUGCUACGUGAGUUUCUACUGUAGUGAGAACAUAAUAAAUGAAUGUUUUUUCUUCAACAUAUUCCCCCUCUCCUCAAACGUGGGCAAAAGCCAUUUAGAUGCCCAAGAUGCGGAUGGAAAUGUGGAAAUGGUUAUGGUUUGGUUAUGGAUAUGGAAACGUUGGGGCCAAGUGCGUGGGCGGGAUUGUUGGCGGGAAAUGUGAAACACAAUUGCCGCUAAUAACCCAAGGCGUUUAGCAGAAUCAAAAGCAGAGGCAGAGCGGCAAAAGGCAGAGACGCCAGCAGCGGCGUUGUGUUUUAAUCGAAUUUUAUUUGCCGCCGUUAGCCAAUGAAUAAUUCAAAUUGAUUAUUAAAAUGUACGCUCGCAUGUGCGCGUGUGUUAAACUGUGUGAAUUUCUGUAGGCGUUAACAUUAGCAGCAUUAGGAUGUGGAUGUGGAUGUGUGAGAGCAGAGCGGGCUUUCAUUAAAACCGUUAUCUAUGCCAGACGCACGCACCAGACGCAGACGUGCAUAAAUUAAUUACAAUUACAUACAGCGAGGCGAGAGAGAGAGCGCGCAAAACACGCACGCACACACACAUACAGCUGUUCCUGUUUCGGAAUUUUUGGCGGUCUAGAAAUGUUCUUACUGCAUAUGUAGGUUUGAGCAUAUCCAGAAUAUAGGAAAAGUCAUUCAUUACUAAAGAUAAAAAAUAAAAGAAAGUAUUUUAUAUAAAUAUAAUAAAAACUAAAAGAAAGUUUCGAAAAUUGAAUCAAAUUGGUAGACAUUUGCUAUUUACUAAGUAUCAACUAGCGCACUCUAGGCCUCAGCUAGUUGGAAAAUUUUCAGCUGGCCUAAACAAACACAGAGAAAGUCGGAAACUUUCAAGGAUUCGAACAAGGCCAAAGGCAAACAUAGGCGGGCAAAGAACAAAAAACAAGGGUUUACCCUCAAUAUUAUGUCACUUUAUUCACAAAAAAUACGAAAAAAAAAACACACCAAAAGAUAAACAACAAAAAGCGACAGAUGCAGAGCAGUCGGGAAAAGCAUGUUAACUUAUGGCUGGGCUUAGGCCAACAAAAACAAUAACAAUAACAAAAACAAAGGCAGACAUUUCUCUUACGUCAGAGAGUCUGGCCCACACACACACACACAAGUGCACAAACGGAAAAUGAGGUUAUUGCCAAUCCCGUCUGCAAUGCUCGAGUAAACAUUUUAACCUAAUUUUUUUGCAAUGGGAGCAAGACCGGGAGGGGGGGGCUGUUUACCUACACAUACAUAUAUAUGUGCUUGCGAACGGAGACGCCCCAGACAAUGUGAUGCGAUAUUUUUUUGGUGCCUCAGAUUACCCAAAAAGAAGCAAAAGAUUGCAAAAAGAGCACAACAGUCUAACGUCCAUAAUGCAAACUACGCAUAUGCUUUAUCACGAUUUUCCUUAAGAGAACCCGAAAAGGUCAGAUAUCAUUUGGGAAAUGCAGGUUUUUAUCUGAUGGUACAACUGAAACUUAAGAAAAGCAGAUGUAUUAUGAUUUCUAGCUAAAAACGUUUUCGAAAAUAUGUGUUUAAUAAAGAUCAGAGCCUUCAAUUGUCUGAAAACUUCAGUUUUGAGAGGUUUAUAAAAUGGUCAACAAAUUUUGUACCAAGAGAUAUACUAUCGCAUUAUGUUUUUUAAGUACAAGUGUUCGCACCAAGUUAAUAGAUUGACUUAAAAUGGUAAUCAUUUUUAAUUAAGGGGAAAUAGUAUUCCAUAGUAUUUCGGUUGACUUAUACCAACUUUAAAGCCCACCUUAAAAUAGUUUUCCAUUAAAGCUGGGGACUUUCGCGCCAGUCAAAAAAAGGUACAAUAAUACGUUUUUUAACAGCAAACUAGGCGUAGUAAAAAGUGUAGUGAACUCUUAAAUUCCGUACCACGAAUAUAGAGUAUUUGCAGUUCAAAGUAAUGUAAAAUAAAAAGCCCUCGAAUUAAAAUGAUGUAAAAUUGCGAAAUAAAUUCAAGUUAAAUAAAUUGGCUUGUACAAUCAAAUUAUAGGGAACAUGCUUACUCACAGAGCUCUGACCACAUAGUUUCAUGAGUUUUUAAUUUACAAAAUUGCAUUUGCAUAUUUGUAUAAUUUACAAAGUCCGCGGCCGCCGACGUCGCCGAAAAUAUUCGUGUGCUCUAUUAUUUGUUGUUGUUCGCGCAAAGAUUUGUCAUUUCUUUCAUGCUCGCUUGCACACAUCAAUCGCCAGGUGGUGUGGUGGGGCAAUAGGGGGUUAAGACACACACAAAAAAUAAGUAAUACAAAAAACUUAGAAAAAGGUGGCCAACGGAAUGUGGAACAUGUUGAGUUAUGCGAAUCGCCUGUGUAGAGAAUGCAUACUCAGGGUGUAGAGCGUUCAUACAUUUAUGUAAUUACUAAACAGUACAAAAAUAUGUACACAGAUUCAUAAAAUUGUAACUGUUUUUUUAUUAAGAACCCGACGCUCCAAUGCUACUAAGAAAAAGUUGGGCACACUAUUAAUAUGAAUGUUCUUAGUAAAAGAAUGGGUCAAAAAAUUAAGGCGGUAAAACCUUUCCUUAUUUCGAUUUAUGAUCUUUAGCGCGCCUUAAAUGUUUUUUAUUAAAUAUUAUAAGCAUGUUAUACAAAGAUUUUAUCGCUUUGAGACCAAUUGAAUUUAACAAAUAUUAAUAAUGACGUCACAAUCGUAUUCUGCGCCACCUUCUCAAUUGUUAUCUUCGCUUCCUCUCGCUCAGUCCUUAUUUCUCCUUCGAGAGCAUAAUUAGCAUUUUUCAUUGUUCGAAAUUUACCGCAGUACCUGGAAAGAGGAAUAACAAAUCACUCUCUUUAAAAAAGAGACCAAGUCCACAGAAUGCUUCUUAUGGCCGACCUAAGGCGAGAAUUCGAUCCUGAUCCCGAAUUCAUGAGUCAUGAUGGCAGGCCUUCUGGGAUGUUAGAAUGAGCAAGGGGA